AUGGUGCAGAAAUCCCGCAACGGAGGCGUCUACCCCGGGCCCGCCGCGGAGAAGAAGCUCAAGGUGGGCUUUGUGGGGCUGGACCCGGGAGCCCCGGACUCCAGCCGGGACGGAGCGCUCCUCAUCGCCGGUUCCGAGAGCUCCAAGCGGGGCAGCAUCCUCAGCAAGCCUCGCUCCGGGGUGUCGGGCAGCGGGAAGCCCCCCAAAAGGAAUGCUUUUUACCGCAAGCUGCAGAAUUUCCUCUACAAUGUGCUGGAGAGACCGCGGGGAUGGGCUUUCAUUUACCACGCAUACGUUUUUCUACUAGUGUUCUCCUGCCUGGUGCUGUCUGUCUUUUCGACCAUUGAUGAGUACCAGAACAGCUCAGAAGGGGCCCUUUACAUCCUGGAAAUCGUCACCAUCGUGGUGUUUGGGGUGGAAUAUUUCGUGCGGAUCUGGGCCGCCGGCUGCUGCUGCCGCUACCGGGGCUGGAGGGGACGGUUGAAAUUUGCCCGCAAACCUUUCUGUGUCAUCGACAUCAUGGUGCUGAUUGCAUCCAUCGCCGUGCUGGCAGCAGGGUCCCAAGGGAACGUCUUUGCCACCUCGGCACUCAGGAGUUUGAGGUUCCUGCAGAUCCUGCGCAUGAUCCGCAUGGACCGGCGCGGCGGCACCUGGAAGCUCCUGGGCUCCGUGGUCUACGCACACAGCAAGGAGCUGAUUACUGCCUGGUAUAUUGGCUUCCUGUGCCUCAUCCUGGCCUCUUUCCUGGUGUACUUGGCUGAGAAGGGAGAAAAUGAGCACUUUGAUACGUACGCAGAUGCACUCUGGUGGGGUCUGAUCACUCUCACCACCAUUGGCUACGGGGACAAGUAUCCACAGACCUGGAACGGGCGGCUGCUGGCGGCGACCUUCACGCUCAUCGGCGUCUCCUUCUUCGCCCUUCCUGCCGGCAUCUUGGGCUCGGGGUUUGCUCUGAAGGUGCAAGAGCAGCAUCGACAAAAACACUUUGAGAAGAGGCGGAACCCAGCAGCAGGCCUGAUCCAGGCGGCCUGGAGAUUUUAUGCCACCAACCUGUCCCGGACAGACCUGCACUCCACCUGGCAGUACUACGAACGCACCGUCACCGUCCCCAUGUACAGCACGCAAACGCAAACGUAUGGUGCCUCCAGACUCAUCCCUCCUCUGAACCAGCUGGAGCUCCUGAGGAACCUGAAGAGCAAGUCGGGACUGACAUUCAGGAAAGAGCAGCAGCCUGAACCAUCGCCAAGUAAAAGCAAACCGUGCAGAGAGUCACUAUGCGGAUGCUGCUCAGGAAACUCUAGUCAGAAGGUCAGUUUGAAAGAUCGUGUCUUCUCCAGUCCCCGCGGUGCUGGCACCAAAGGGAAAGGCUCUCCACAGGCUCAGGGCAUCAGGAGAUCCCCCAGUGCUGACCAGAGCAUCGAGGACAGCCCGAGCAAAGUGCCCAAGAGCUGGAGCUUCGGGGACCGCAGCCGAGCCCGGCAGGCGUUCCGCAUCAAGGGAGCGGCGUCGCGCCAGAACUCGGAAGAAGCAAGCCUCCCUGGAGAAGACAUUCCUGAUGAGAAUAAAAGCUGCAACUGCGAGUUUGUGACAGAAGAUUUGACACCAGGACUGAAAGUCAGCAUCAGGGCAGUGUGCAUUAUGAGGUUUCUCGUCUCCAAGCGCAAGUUUAAGGAGAGCCUUCGGCCCUACGACGUGAUGGAUGUCAUCGAGCAGUACUCAGCUGGCCACCUGGACAUGCUCUCCAGGAUUAAAAACCUUCAGGCCAGAGUUGACCAGAUCGUUGGGAGAGGAUCCUCCAUGACUGACAAGGAUCGGACCAAGGGGCCAGCAGAAGGGGAGCUGCCUGAAGACCCCAGCAUGAUGGGCAGGCUUGGAAAAGUUGAAAAACAGGUUCAGUCCAUGGAGAAGAAGCUGGACUUCCUGGUGAACAUUUACAUGCAGCGGAUGGGCAUCCCCCCAACGGAGACAGAGGCUUACUUUGGGUCCAAAGAGCCAGACCCAGCCCCUCCCUACCACAGCCCCGAAGACAGCAGGGAGCACAUCGACAAGAACGGCUGCAUCAUCAAGAUCAUCAGGUCCACCAGCUCCAUGGGCCAGAAGAACUUCUCCGCCCCGCCAGCCCCGAGCAACGCGUGCCCACCCUCCACGUCGUGCCAGCGGCAGAGCCACGGCUCGUCUCCCAUCGGGGAGCCCGGCUCGCUGGUCCGCAUCCCGCCGCCGCCCUCCCACGAGCGCUCCCUGUCCGCCUACAGCGGCGGGCACCGGGCGAGCGCCGAGUACCUGCGCAACGAAGACAUUACAGCCAAACACCACGAGAGCGCCCUGAGAGACAGCGACACGUCCAUCUCCAUCCCCUCGGUGGACCACGAGGAACUGGAGCGCUCUUUCAGCGGCUUUAGCAUCUCCCAGUCCAAAGAGAACUUGGACAUCCUUAACAACGGUUGCUAUGCAGCCGUGGCCAAAAUCAGACCCUACAUUGCAGAAGGGGAGUCAGACACCGACUCUGACCUCUGCACGCCCUGCGGUCCCCCCCCGAGGUCGGCCACGGGCGAGGGACCCUUCAGUGACAUGGGCUGGUCAACCCCCCGGCAGUGA